AUGUUGAAGUCACUGGUUAGAUCAAUUGCUAAAGCACAAUUUACACGAUCUGAAAGAUCACUAUACACAUCAGUUUUAGAACAAGAUAUAAAUAUAACCAAGAAUGGAAAAGUAAAUUUAGCCGUUGGACCAGGUGGUAGAUCUUCAAGAACAGGAUAUACAGCUACUGUAUUUGGAGCUACUGGAUUCUUGGGUCGUUAUUUAGUUUCUAAAUUAGCAAGACAUGGUACUACCACAAUUGUUCCAUUUAGAGAUGAUUUAAAAAAGAGAUUUUUAAAAGUUGCAGGAGAUUUAGGAGUAGUAAACUUUGUUGAAAUAGAUGCUAGAAACUUACAAAGUAUUGAAGAUUCUGUAGCAAAUAGUGAUAUUGUUAUAAAUUGUAUUGGAGCAGAUUAUGACACUAAGAAUUUUUCAAUGGCUGAUAUAAAUAUAGCUUUAGCUGAAAGAAUAGCACAAGCUACAAAGGAUGCAAAUGUACCAAGAUAUGUUCAUGUAAGUUCUUAUAAUGCUAAUCCCAAAUCUGAAUCCAUAUUUUAUGCAACAAAAGGUGUUGGAGAACAAGUUGUAAAAGAUAUUUUACCUGAUUCAACAAUUGUAAGACCAUCUCAAAUGUUUGGUAGAGAAGAUAAUUUAUUAAAUUAUUUAGGACCAAAGAUUAAAAUGUGGACACCAAAUAGAAAUCAAAAAGAAAUUUAUCCUGUUCAUGUACUUGAUGUAGCAAGAGGUAUAGAGAAAAUAGCAUAUGAUGAUUCAACAGCUGGACAAACUUUUGAAUUAUAUGGUCCUGAAAAAAUAUCAUAUCAAGAAAUAAGACAAAUGAUACAUGGUAUAACUGAAAAUUAUGCCCAAGCUGGUCCUAUAAGUUAUAAUUUCGGAGAUUAUGAUUUACCAUUACCAUUAGCUAAAUUCAUAGCAGGAAUACAACAAUUACCAUGGUGGAAAUUACCAAACCCAGAUCAAAUGCAAAGACAUGUAAUAAAUCAAGUAAUUGAUCCAAAUGCAAAGACUUUUGCAGAUUUAGGUAUCAAUGAUACUACUAAAUUGGCAGAUGUUUUAUUCACUUACACAAAACAAUGGAGACAUCCAUUAAUUGCUCAAAAAGGUGGUCCAAAUAAGAAAAAAUUAGAAGAUUUAAGACAUGUUCAACAUUUCACUGAUUAA